AUGCUGCCACCCAAGAGGUUUCCAUUUCCCUUCAAACUAGGGACUGACAUAUGUCAAAUUUCCCGCAUCUACCGGAUUCUGGCCAAAGACAAGGAGGCGAGCUUUCUUCGUCGCAUCCUGACUAAGAAUGAGCGCCUCGCAAUCUCCGCCUCCUUGAUGUCGGCUGAUGCAUCAGGGACGGCGUCCGAAGUCUCCAAAGACGACGACUUCCAGGCGUUGAAGGAGCGCAACCCGCUAUUAUGGAAGAAGGCUAGCUUCUUAGCUGGGAGAUUCGCAGCCAAGGAAGCGACAUUCAAAGCCCACCCCACGAGGAACCUUACAUGGCACGACAUCGCCAUCGUCCGAAAGCGAUUCGAGCAGCUGAGGGAUAUUGAAGGGCUGAAGAAGGUCAAGGCGCAGGAAGAGGAGGAAAACAAGGAGGUGGAGGAGGAAGAAGAACCAAAAGAAGUCGAGGGCAAGGCAGAGGAAACCAGCAGCACAACAACGCCCGCAGACGAAGAAUCCGCCGACAACGGAAGCGGUCCGCCCGUCGCCAUCGUGCGCAGCAGAUACGAUGACAUGCCCGACCAGGAGGUGCUCGUGUCCAUCAGCCACGACGGAGACUACGCCACGGCCGUGUGUAUCGGCUUCCCCCGCGGCGAAGGCCACGCUCACGCCGAUGGCCAGGGCCCCGAGAAGAAGAAGGGCCCCAGGAAGAAGCAUGAGCGUCGCGUGCGCAGGAUUGAGGACACGGAGGAGGAUCAGCUGAGUUAUAAGGAGUUUAAGGCGUUUCAAGAGUUUAAAGCCUGGAAGGCGAGGGCUGAGAGGAAGGAGGCUAAGGGGAAGAAGGUUGAGGAGAAGGCUGCUGAGAAGGAAGGAAAGGAUGGCCUUGCUGAGAAGACUGAGGACGUCACUGUUUGA